ACUUGCAAUCGGGUGGGCCAGGUUAGUAGAGUUUGGUUUGGAAAUAAGUUUAAGGACUGUGUUAGGUGGGAAUAGUGGUAUGACUACAACUAUGGAUCAGUGUUGUUUUCGUCAACGCCCCUUUUUUUCCACAUUGAAGAUGUGACGUUGACGAGCUAAGCAUAAGUCUUAGAUGACUAAAAUGUGACGAGACAAAUGUGCGGUUACGUUGAUGAGACGAGACGAGACGAAAACGUUAAAGGUGGACGACAAACAGAGUUGCAAAAUUCAUGAGCAUUUCGUCAGUCAAACGCUUAACAUAUAUUCUAUGGAUAUUUAUGUGUGUGUUUAAUGGUGAAGAUGUGAUGGUGUAAUGUGCCACCAUAACAAACCACUCAAUCAGUACAGAAAUAUGGUAAACAUGUCAUAUUAUAAGUCAAAAAAUUUUUGUUUAGGUUUACGGACUGCGUUGGGUGAGAAUAGUGUUAUGGCCACAAUUAUGGAUAUCUAUGUGUGUGUAAUGGUGAAGAUGUGAUUAUGUAAUGUGCCACCAAAACAAAAUACUCAAUCAGUACAGGAAGAUGUUAAAUAUACCUGUCACAUAAUUAGUAAAAAAUGAAAAACUUUGUAUGAGCAAAUUAGAUUUCCUGGUAAGUUUGAGGCAGUAUUAGAUGAAAAAAGAUAAACAGAUUAAACAGUCAAAUUCAGACUUUAACUUUUUUAAGAAACCAUCUCUCUGGAAAAGGGGAAAACACGUGUUUGCCCAGUUCCCACGUUUCCCUCCUAAUGCACCAGAGAGAGAGAGAGGGAGAGAGAGAGAGAAAAAACCCCACCAAAAUCAUCUCAAUGCCUUGAACCAUGUGCCACCAUUAGGGACACACAAAGAGAGAUCUGACAAAUAGCCAUUUUAAUGUCCCUCUCUGACUUUAAUGAAUUUAUACGUUAUCCGGCUCUAAUGGAGGCUGCGGUGGAGGGGCUGGCGCGGGGCCAUAACAAAUGAAAAGCUCUGAUUAGUGUAGAAUGAGCCGAGAAAAAAAUGCCAUUCAUCUUGGUUAGCAUCCUCCUGUGCUCUUUUAUGGGUCGCUGUAACAAGGACGGUAGAGCCGGGGGUGCUUGUCCCAUUAGCGGGGCAGCCCGAUGGCCCUGCUGAGUGGUCAGCGGGCCGGCGUUGACGGAGCGUCUGCCCGCCGCUCCGCAGAUCAGGACUGUGAAUGCCUCAGUGCGGCUUGACUCCUGAAUAACCUCCUGAGGUACCAGGAGCCUCACCCCUACAUGACCCCGCACUCUGAAGAGGGGUGUGGGGGGACUCCGGGGGGUACCCAGACCAUGACUAGCUUUAGCAAAUAGGUAAACACAGGGGAUAACCCGCCAGAGAAAGCAAACAGGAGACUAAAAAACACACUAUAUAAAAAAUGAAAGUGUUAAAAAAAGUGAGUUUUCCUCAAAGAGGUUUAACACUGUAGAGUUUUCAGUACAGCCAACUGUAGGUGUCAAAUAGCCAUUUUGUGCUUACUCCGAGGUAAGUGCUGGUAAAUAUAAACAUUAUGGUAAAGAAUAAAAGUAGGUCACCAGUCUGUGCAGCUUCUCUGCAAGUCUAUACACCUCUUUAAAUGAGCAAAAUGGAAUUUAAUGCAAUAUUAUUCCUCUAUAAUGAUAUAUCAAGUGGUAACCAAGAGCUGUUAAAAACUUCCCUCAUUCCUGUUUAUUCCCCUUCCUGGACUUCUUGUUGUUUCAGGGAGCAGUAAUAGGUGUUUUUCAGAAUGUGCAGAAAGCUGUUCAAAUGGGGCAUUUCAUAAACAAACACAGCCAUUUUCCUGCUCUCGUGGUUUUCGGGGAGAGAAACACUUCGUCGUGGAAAUGUUGCAACACAGUGUCAUUGCAUGAGACCGAUUUCGUCACGAUCGUGUUGGAGCUUGAUAUCGACCACUGUUGUCAUUGGGAGAAGCCCUGUUUUGCUGCCCCCCUUCGCUGGGCCCCCGUGUAGAGCCGCCUUGCAGAGUUGAGUCAGGCUGGGAGAGGAAUGCGCUGGGAUGCGGAGCAGCACCGACUGUAGGAAAUCGACACAACAACUCGCACAGUAUGGACAGUAAUGAUCCGUAUUUACACCUGAGUAAGUACACCUAAACGAUUUAUCCAGACCUCAGUCCGUCUGUGGGGUUUCUCACGAGGUUAAUGCGUUUUGUUGUGACUUAUAGGAGAGUGCGUUUCUUUCAUGGCGUCUUCUCUCCCGUCUGCGAGCUGUACGCGAAACAGCCGUGGACUUUGACAACCGACUCCCAAUUGUGAAUUCGGCCGUCAUGCAGCUCGCUUUGGUGGUAAUAAUAGUUUUGCAACUGUGCCAAAUAAAACGAAAGCCGCGGUCAAUGCAAAAGUCAGGUGAUCGUGGUUGUGCCGGUCAGGCAAGGUCAGAGGUUGGCACUUUAAUUGCGCUUAUGUAAUUUAUGGCGCUUGUCGCGCGUCUCUAGCUAAACUGUUUGAGACAGAAACGCAAUUUAUUGGUCUAGGAUGGCCGUGAGGUUCAGACAGAAAUGCAGGGAACUGCCUUACGGUCGUGUGGAUUUCUCCUGAUAAACUUGCACUUUGCGGUGGAAGGAGUGCGCAGGGCGCCACGGUCAGCGCUGUGCCUGUAGCUGGACGGCUGAAUGAAAGCUUGAUGUGAUUCUGCUCAACAAAGCUGAACUCUGAUCUGACUUGGCGACUUUGCCCUUGAACCGACUGAUAGCUUUUUUCUAUUAUCAGGAUUGUUGAGACAGCUUUAAAGCCAGCACAAAAGAAGACAUGUGCCACAAGGUUGCAACAUGUGGGACACAUACUGUACAUAUGCUGCUUAAGGACUGCCAAACAAGUCCCAGGCCUGUGUUUUUGUUGGCUAAACCAUCUCAAAUUAGACCCCAACAACAGAGAGAGGCUUUUUAAGCUUCACUGAGUCACACUCCAUAUGCAUCAUUUAUCAUGUGAUGUUUUUUCUCCCCUGGAAGAUACACUCUUUGUCAAAGCACUGUGCUAGAAACCUGCCAAAACCACUGCCUUGUUUUUCAAAGAGUAGGGGUAAUAAUGUGGCAUCACAAGGGAGCAAAUAAAUACUUCUCUUUGAAGACUAAAUCCUGUAGCCCCUUUAUGUUGUUGCGGAUAUCUAGACACCAUUCUGUAGGUCUGGAAAUUGUUUCUGUAAUGAAUGUGGCUCUCAGGGGAAUGAGGGGGACAUCUGGAUGUGAGAGCAUGUUGAGGGAAGCCCACGGUGUACAGGAGUAUCAGAAGAACGGUCCCCAGGGCCGCACAGUCUUUCAUGUCGGUCUUUAAAGAUUUACUCUGAUCAUGGAGUGCUGGCAUCAGACUUAUGCACAUCAAGAUACCAUCAAACCAGUGAGUUAUUAGGCUUAAACGAUCCAUCAUUAUUGAUCUAUUAUUAUUCAGUUCUAUCAUAAAAGCACUUUUGAUUUUAUGUUAUAUUUUAUGAUGAGAAGGUGGAGAUCGGCUAGUUAUGGACAGGUCUUCGUAAAGAGUUUGCCCAACAGUAACGUGUGGCAGCUUACCCAGCUUGCUAUGGGUUGUGAACUGUUGCAAACGCAUUACAUUUGGUGUUUUUGUGUGUCAAAAAGUGUAAAACUGAGGAGGAAAACUGCAGCCUUUUAACAGUGCGAGAUGAACUCUCCACCAGGACAGCUCUUAUCUUUUAGAGCCUUUAUGUAAUAUAAGUUAGAAGUACAGCCACAGAGAUUUUUUGAGUUGAAGCCACAACCACCACAAGAACAUCAUAAGGAAGGACUGUCCUAGUUGUUAUCCCUGUGUUCGCCCACAGCUAUGAUUUGCGGUGUAUUUUUGCAUCAACAACCAAAGUACCAAAACAUGAAGAGGGGAAAUAAGGACAUAACACUGCUCAUUUCUUGGAUGAGACAUAGUAUUUCAAAGGGAUGUCUGGUGAUUAUAUGCGGAUAUAUUCUUGAGCCUUUCAGCUUUUUUCCCAGACAUGUUAUGUUCCAGCAGGUCUGAUGCAGCCACACUGCGGGCCUUUAAGUAGAAUCAGCAUUUCUCUCCCUCAGCGUUUUUUAUUUUCCAUCAGUGGAAGUGAUUCUAGACAAGCUGACUCCCUACCUAUGACAGUGAGAACGUCUUUAAGUGGCCGUUCAGGGAAGUUGUGACAGAAAGAAGAAGAACGGGAUGGGAGAGUGAAGGGAGAAAGAUAAAGGGGAAGUAGGUGGGAUGGGGCAGGGGUGGGGGUUGGAGAAAGGGAGAGGUCACCCUAGUUGAUGUGAACUCUCAUCACUUGCCAGGGGUCAAUGAUUCACCCCACAGUUCACACACGGUCAGAGGGGCACACACACACUCUCAGUCUGACACACUUGUGCCUCGACUUCACAGCUGCAAGUACGCAAACUUCCUAUGUGCGAAAAAAAUGUGACUGUGAUAUCAUGUGACUUAAAGAAUGUGGGUCGUGCUAUAAGACUGUGUUUAACUUGCUCUCUAAUGGCUGAUCCGUGCACACAAAGCGUUCCCCACCCACUCCUGCAGAGUUAAAUAAACCUCACAGGUAGAGAGGGUGGGGCUCUCUGCAGGUAUUUGCUUAGGAAUUCUAUAGCUCCAGACCUGCGAUGCUGACACCUGCAUUAGCACACAGAACACACAAUGGGUUUAUUUCAGGGCACGAUUGAUUGAGUGUGUUGUAUUUAUGUGUCAGUGUAAAAAAGAGCCCGCUUGUCUUGGCUGUGUGUGAGUGGAUGCUAAUUGUGAGAACAGGAUGAAGGAAAAGAAGGGGCAUACGGAGGCCAUUCUCUGGGCUAAUUGCCAGUAAUUAGUCAUUAGUGAAGAAGGUCAAAGCCUUGAUUUAAUUCCAGCUUUAAUCAAGCAGAGAACCUUGAGAGGCCCACAGGCUGUAGUAACGUUAGCUUAUGAGACAUAAAUAGCUAUUUUCUUUGCAAAUGAUCCGGCAGUAACAUACAUGUUUCACAUGGAUGUACACUUGCUUUGAUUUCUAUGCGCUGAACGUUGUGUAUGGCAAAUCCUUAGGAUAUCAAACAUCUAUCUGUUUAAGUGUUUGCUUUUAAUGGAUUCAUCUGUUUUUAAGGCACAACAGCUAACUAUAUAUUCAUGACAUCAAAUGAUGAAUAAAUUACGAUCCCCUCUCAGUGGUUUCUGUCAGUCUUUGAAGUCAAGGUCCUUUCACACCAGGACCAUUUUUGUCAUGCGAUAUUGCAGCUUUUAUUUUUUCAUACUGUGUGUCCACUUCUGACCAAUCAGAUUGCGUGUUGUUGCGACAUCAGAUUCACGGGUAUAUUCAACAUGGCCGACUGGCAAAGAUAACGACCUGAAGGACAACUUGUGGAGAGUCAUAGCGUCGGAUCUCUUAUAUGAUGAUGGUUUGUGUGUUUUAAUAGUUUGCUAAAUGUCUUUGUUUUAACUUUCAUCUGUGCUUAGUAACUUUAGCUCGUAAGCUAACCUGUUCAGAUACAACAUACCAUAUGUAUUUUCACUGUCUCAAACUCAUUCACCAUUAGCACCAGUAGGUUUCAGUUGUUACCUUAUAUUUAUGGAUUAUAGUUUCAUGUGCUUAUCUGGUACUGGCCCCGACUCAGUACAUGCUAUCAUGACAGACAGACAUCUCAACACUAGUGUCUAAUCAGAACUGAAAACAGUCAGUCUGGUGUUGUGUCAGUCUUCUCGCUUCCACCCGGGACGCGUCUUUUUCCCCCCCGGACAGUCGCAAAAUGGCACCUGGCUUGAUGUGUAUAAUCAGGCGCGUCAAAAUUCGCCUUAGAAUAUUUCAGAAUUUUGUGUUCUAUAUUUGCGUUGGCACCUCUGUGUUUCAUCAGUUUUCUCAUGAUGUCACUCAAUUAUAGUGAGGAUAUAAUACUAGAUGCUAUAUGAGGGCAGUUUAGCAGACUGCUGCGAACUACCUUUUUUAAAAAAACUUUAAAAGUCUGACAAUUGUCGUCCAAUCAGAUGCACUAACCAAUGUUUAGAUUAAACAUCUAGAGAAUCCCAUCUGAGAGAAAAUCAUAUAUAAAAAAGGAGACCUUGAUUAAUGCUCUCCGCUGUCCCUUGUGAGGGAGCUAAACAAUGGCAACUGUCAAAGUUCACACAUCUUUGCAGCACAUUUCAUUCAUGAGAAGCUCAGUAAAUACUGACUAUUUUGAUGAAUGUGUGUUAUCUUUAUACAUUCACGGUCUGAUAUAAUGUUUGUGGAACAAUAUUGACAACUCAAAGGGAGUGUCCACUGUCAAAUCAGAGGCACAGCUGAUCUGACUGGCAAGAGGGCACACUGUAGCUAUUUGCAAAGGGGCUAAAGGCCUGCCUCUGGUGGAGUGUCUUAGAGUUAGGUUGGGUCAGCGUUACCAAUAUGGAAACUGCCAUUGAUAUACAUCCAUGUGUUUUUUAAGUUAUACAGUCUAUGUCUUAUCCUACAUUGUGGUUAUGAAGCUGUCUUAGGUGAGCUGAGGGGAAGGUUGUGUCGAGACUUGAUAAAGAACUUUGAGAGGGAAAAGACUGUUCAACCAGUCUGCAUAAUUCAUGUAAUCUUUUUUGUGAUUACGCAGAAUUUCUUGCCCUUCUCUUCUCAAACAGCAGCAUUGAAGAUCCAGCCAGAUCAAAAUACACAGCUGUCCAUGAAUGUACUCUUGUUUUCUUUCAUCUUGGCAGGGGUGAACAGGGAGGGGCUCUUUGCCUAAAAUUGUGUAAACAUACUGAAGUGAACUUAGCUAUGUAUGUAGUUGAAAUGGAUGCUGUUUAAGAGUUUUCAAUGCCUAAAAGUUAAAAAUCAUCCCCAUAUCUUUGUUUUUCUGUGGUCAAGUGAUAUAAGUAAGACUGAGGAGAUGAACAAUUAACAAGCCCACGCUGUAGCUCCUCAGAGUGUCCAGUAGAGGAUAUGACUUUACUAAGUUUUUUUUUGUCCUGCAUUGGUCAUGUGACUGAAAUCUAUGACUAGUGAGCAGAUGGUUUUGUAAAUUAGAAUCUUCACAAGGUGGUCGAGACCCUACCUCGUCUUGCUCUUUUGGGAUUAUGAUUUAAAUAUAUAAGUGAUCAGCAAUGUAGAUACAGGCACCAGUUGAUACAGUCACCAGUUUUGCUGUUGUUGCCUGGACUACAGAGGAGCAGACUGUUGCUCCACUUCACCCUCUCAAAUGGAGUAAAGUUAUUGCUCAGACUGCUCUCAUACUGGUAUCAUUUCACAAAUCCUAAAACCUGCCUGAGACAGAAACCAGUGUUUUUUCCACAGUGUCAGAAGACAGCAGUUAAAUGUGCCAGACUUCUUUUCAUGGGUUGAUUUGAUAUGAUGUCUUCACAGGUUGUCUUUAGAAUUGCUUAUGUUGUUGAAUAUUAGCCUCUGUUGUCAAUCAGACUCAAGUGUUUAAAACAGCUGGGUAAUAAAUAUAAAAGCUGGCUUACUGUCCGUGGUUAAAUGAAAUACAAAUGUAAGUAGAUAAUCAAUCUUUUUCUUAAUCAAUUAAAACUAGCUCAAAAUACAUGCAUACAUUGCACAACGUUUAAAUUACAUAGUACAAGUAGACUGGCCCUUGUUUGUUGUUUUGAUCCAGUGUGAAUGUUGGAGUUCUUUGAGGUGAAGCUUCUUCAUACACAACUUUUUCAUACACAGCCUGUUAGUUUAUUUUAUAUGUUUAUUUACAAAGGAGCAACAGUUUAAUUUUUAUUUGACAAAUAAUUUCUGAAAAUAAAAAAAUGUAAUCGAGAUAACCUAAAAUUAAAUAAAGUUUGUUAAAUCAUGCCAAGUCUUGUACUUCAUGGAAACAUUGCUGAAAUGAUUGGCUGAUUAAACUCUUUUACUCAUUUUACAGAUAAAAAGUGAUCACCAGCUUGAUGGCUGGAUAAUCUGAAAGGUUUUCUGAAAAAAAAAUCAAAACAACAACAACAGCAACCAACAUUGUUAUGUUUCAGCUUCUUACAUGUGAAGGUAAUCUGCUUUUCUGUGUGUGAUAUCAUUAGAAAUGAAGUUUGGCUGGUAAUUAAAGGCUAUCAAAUGUCACUUUGGGUGUUGGGAACUUGUUUUCUGACAUUUUAUCGUCUGAACAUUCAGCCACAUCGUGAUAAAGUCACCAUGUUGAUCAAUAAGAAAAACUGCCUUAUUACUGGGAGUUACAGGUUAUCAAACAGUGCUUUAAAUCUAAUUAAACAUCUCUAUUGAGAGACAUGAAGAACGUUUAGAAACCCCGCUUGGCUAUUUUGAGAGCUCUGAAUGCCAUUUUAGUGCACUCCUCCUGUCUCACACCCACACAUGCAAGCGUGUGCUCACAACUGUGACACCCAAGCAUACGUCGCUGUCAGGAAGAAAACUUUUAUUUUCCUGUUUACUCCUUGUCUUUUUUGUCGACUUUUUUGCCUCUAAAUGGACCUCUACCCAAGUGUGAUUUAUUUACGUAUACUUUCUUCCUGUUUUCUUUGACUUGUAGACAGAGAUAUGAAUGACACUGAAGACAAAAUGUCUUUUGCAUUAUUAGAAGUUGAGAUGUUACAUCUGACAGUGCACCCUAAAUUUAGGGUCGCUAAUUAACAUCUUCUUAUCUUUCCACAGUGAUACAUCUAUGAACGCUAAUUAUAACGCUCAGGGUUAAUUUGGCGUGUUUUAUGUGGGCCAUGACACACUAUUCCAACAUAGCAUUCAUUCAAGAAGGGCUGUAUUAUUUUGGCUGCCUCCUGUGGGAUUUGUAAGAUCCAAAAGAGAGGCAAGUGUCUUGUCUCUUCCCCUGUCUUCCCCUUCGUCUGAUGUCUUGGGCUGCCGAGUCUCUUGCCAGGUUACUGUCACUGAGUGGAUCAGGUUACAGGUGGCCAUCCUUCAAGCACUGUAUGGACAUUCGAUCCAUGCAUGUUCAAUGCAAGGGAAAGCUAUGUUGAGUCAUGUUAGCAAAAUAGAUGUACACAGGGCAAGACUCUUCAAGUUGUUACCCCAUCUGUCAGUGUAAUUGUCCUUCAAAAACUUUAAGGACAGAACCUGCUUAGCAGUUAUUAGUCUGGUGGGAGCAGCUGCAGGAAAAAACUUGUGCCAAUUUCACACUUAUUGGCUUGGGCUACUUUUCAUCAUACUGAUAUAACAUACUUCUUUGUACAAGAACACAUGCAACCUGUGUCAUUGUUCUCCAAGUGUUUUAUUUUUAUUUCUUUUUAUACAAGCAGAUUUUAUUUCUGUUUAUUUUGGUCUUUCAUUUGAAGUGCUAUAAAGUCCGGAUUGGAUUUAUCUCUGCAUGAGUUUAUUUAAGUUUCACUAAAUGUUUGUCAUGUAUUGUUCCUCAUUGCUUUUAAGAUAUAUUUUUGGCCUUGUUUGCGUGUGGGUUUUCACUUUGCUGUAUGUUUGCUGCACCAUCUUAAAGCACUGAAAAAGACAAUUCCUGACUUCCUGGAAUGCUAUAACACUUGUUAAACACACAAACAUACUCACAGUGUGCUGAGAGGCCUCGGAGGUAUGGAUAAGCAUGCUGGCACAGAUAUUUCUUGGCAUUGAGGGGAUUUAAUGUUGUCCCCAGUGCAGCAGACUUCUGCGGCCUCUGGUUUACUUUUGGUCACUGCCACUGUCACAUGAGUGUCAUGUUUAAAAGGCAACCUGUGAUUCAUAUACUGCAAACAUGGGAAACUCUUUUAGAAAAUGUCAAAUUAAAGUAGAAGCUCCUUGGACUACAUGAACAUCAGUGCCAUAAUCUUCAGCCUCAGCCCCCUUUUAAGAAAGGUAAUUGGAAACUUCUGGUUGUCCCAUGUCUGAAGUGUGCCCCUCCACUAUGUACACCCUCUCUUUUCCCUCCUCCCUCCUUGCUCCUCCCUCCUUCGUGCAAGACACACUGUUCUGCAACUACAACAGGUGUCUCCGAGUAGAUAGUUUUACCCACUCUGAGUGACAGAGAGGGAGACACGUGACAAGUGGGUGGCUGGGCAGCUGAUUUUCGCAGCAGUCGGGCAGCAAACAGUUCCUGUCGGAUUGAUCUCUGGGGGAAGGAUAAUCUGGGUAAUCCUAUAACCAGUACCGGGGGAACUCCGCCUCUUUUGCUCUUCACUAACACCCAACCCCACCCCUUCCAACCCCACCCCUUUUCCACGUCCACCCUUCUGUUCCCUGAUCCGUCCUGAAAAGCGGUCGAUCAGAGCGUCCGCAUCAUUUCUUAGUUUGUCAGCAAGCCAACACUAGAAUCUGAGUCCCGGUCCCGAGUGACUGGCACCCUGCCAGCUCCGCACUCUUACAGUAGGCAUGUGGCACCCUGUGGCAUCACCUGCAACUGGAGGCAGCCCUGGGAAGGAGUUAGGCUAUAGCCACUGUGAGUAGCCGGGUCUGGUCUUUCCUUUGUGUGAGAGUAUGUGUGUUUUUAAUUGUUUCAGUGAAAGCUAGAUAGAUGGAUCAGAAGUGAACGUGCCUUGUCAACGAUGUUGCUUGUCUGCAUUGCUGUUGCUCUGUGUUUUUCCACAGAGCUGAGGUGCAUGCAUUAAGAGCUAGCGCAGUACAGAUGCUUUUAGGUAAUGCCUUUAAUCCCUGUGCACUCUCCAAACAAGUUGUGUGCCAUGCGGAAGAUAUCAGCAAAACGCAUGGCAAAUUCAUUGGUGGAAUUUCUUUUUAAUGAAGGUGAUAAUGGAUCAUCCUCACUGUGAGACAUGUCUUACUUUGAUUAAAAGACUUUAAUUUCACUAGGGAUUGUAACUUAAAGUCCAGAUUUCAUGAGCUUAGCAGCCCCCAACAGCUAAGUUCCAGCCUUUAAAAUCAGCAGAUUGUUUUAACUAAUUGUGACAGGUAAAAGGCUUUAAAAGUACUUUUACACUUGCGGGCGAAAGCUUGUGAGUGCGGUCAGAAGGGAUGCCAGGCAACCUUACCUAAAAGUCCACAUCCAGUUCUUCAUGCUCGUCUCUUACACCGUCUUUACUAUCUCCCUAUCUCUUAACACUUGUCUCUUCAUAUUAGCCCCCUCUAUCCUGCUUUCUCUCUCUGUGUUUGUGUCUGCUGCCUGUCACACCACAUCCUUUAAUCAGCACUCCCUCUGAUGAGCUUUUUUCUCCUUUUCCUCUUUCCUGUGUUUGAGGAGGUGUGGGAAGUGUUGAUGGGAACUCACAGCCACACUGUAGUUGGCCUAUUAACUGGCCCAAUGUGUGUGUGUGUGUGUGUGUGUGUGUGUGUGUGUGUGUGUGUGUGUGUGUGUGUGUGUGUGUCAUAUGUUGGUAGAAGGGGACUGAUUGUUUACUCCAGUGUCCUGGGGAGAAGCAUGUGAUGGCUGUGUUUACAACUGUGCUUCCUCCUCUCUGAAAAUCAUGAAGAUAUUUAUUCAUUCUCCGUCUAUGUGUUGAGAAGUGUGGACAAACUUUGGGAAGCUUUUACAUCAUAAAAUGCAGAAAUUUCUAUGCUAAUCGAUUCCUGUUACAUGUACUGUAAAUCAUAUCAAACAAUAAUGUCGAUGAAAUGUCAAAUGAAGGAAUACUGUUGAGCUUGUGUCAAACAGAGAGACCUUGAGCUGAAUAAAAGCUUUGAGAUUUCUUUCCUGCUUAUGUGAAGCAUGUGAAAAGUUUGCGUUUGUAUUUUUUUAUGUUUCAUGUAGCCAUUGCUUUACAUCCAUAGAAGUAAAGUAAAACAAUUCACAUGUAGGGACUUAAGCUCCUGCCAGAAAAGUUGAGUAGUUGGGCAAUAAAAGAGGUAUUUUAAGCUGAUUUUGAGUCUAUGUGGGUUAAAUUUGUCUAGUAUUAUAAUCUAUGCUUUAAAUGAUACUGAUGAGCUCGAGCGGUGGCUUUGUCAGUCUGUUUGAUUUAUGACUUUGGUCAAGACGACUGUAAUACCCCGAGAACUAUUUGACGGACUGCUGUGACUUUAUACAAAUGCAUCACCCCUGUAGGAGCAUGUAUUCUGAUAUCUUUGUUGCUUUUGCUCAAGCGCUAAUGACAGGAUAAUUUUCAAACCCUCUGGUUUCUGACAAGAUAAUUGUACAAUCACAGUCAGCUUAAGUUUUCCUGUUGAAGCCAAACUGCACUUUUAAAAAAAAAAGUGUACAUGAAAACAUUGCUCUUUUGAACUCCUUGCAUUGAAUGGCUAUAUAUUAAAAUCUUCAAAAUUUCACCCCAAACCCACAUGUAUGAGCUCUUGGCGUAAUUAGAUUUCUCAUUUGUGCACUUUUAAACACCAUGAAAAAUUCCUCAGCAUGUAAAAAAAAACACGUCUUCCACCUUUGUGUUUCCUAGAGUAAUAUGAAUUUUAUGUCAGCAUUUCCACAGUGGGUGACUGAAAAUAGACACUUGCAGCGUAUGCAAAACACAGCACAUUUACCACCUAUUACUUUGUCAAGGAAGCUUUUUGAAAGGAGAUAGUAUCACGUCCCAAACUAAACUCAAGUCUCCUAAGCAGGCUGCCUAGUCUGGCAGUCCUUCUAGGAACUGGUCACGGGUCCAGAGGUCAGGUCAGCACGUUCACGCGAACAGGGUCACAGCAUUGGAUGAAUAGGUUAAUGUGUGUGUGUGUGUGUGUGUAGCUGCAACACACAUCUACUUCUGUAAGCGUGUGUAAGCAAGUGCGUUUAAUUACUUCAUCAGACAGAGCUUGAUGCUUCGGUUUGCAUUGGGCCUUUUGGUCUGCCUGCUUGUUUGUUUUCCAGGAGUGCUUGGUCAGCUUGUUCUGUUUGUGCAAGCAGACUUGUGUUAUCUCCUGUUGUUCAAGUUCCAAACUCAUUUCAUCACUCACAAAACAAUCUUUUAUCUGGUGGCUGUCGCAGUCUCUGGCCUCCUCAUCGAACCUCUGUGUAAAAUGCAUCCCGCCAGCAAGACUGCAGGGUGUGGAUGCAAGGACACGGCUCAUACUUGGGAAAUGCUGUGUGAUGACGCAUGUUUUUCUGUGCAUUGACUUGACUGGCAUGUGUUUUGUUUUGUUUGGUUCUUCUUUAGGGGCGGAGGGGAAGGAACAAAAAGAAAACUCAGGGUUAACUCUUUUUCUUUUCAUGGAAAUUGUGCGCAAGUUCACUGGAGGGUUCAUUACAGGGCAGAAUUUAGGGUCAGAAAAGUUCAGAUGCUCCAGUGCGUAUGUUUUUACAGCCGUAUACUUUCCAUUCAUUCAGGUUAAACAAGGGAGGAAUGCUUCACAACUAUAGCAUUAGUUUUAUAUAGUCCAACUCAUAUUAAAAGUUGCUUAUUUUGUCUAAAAAAAAAAGUCAUACCCUGGCAGGCUGAGCGAUUAAUAUUGUGUUUGUUCGAGUGUGUGUGUCCCUCAGUGUGUGGCGAGAUCAUGUGAGCAGGAGAGAUGCUUUUUAGGAGCUGCACUGUACCCUCCCCCGUCGACCCAUCACUCCGUCUAUCAACUAUCCCUCCAUCUAUCCCUCCCCUCCCCUCCCCUCUUCUCUGGCUCCAUCCCACUCUCUGUCCCCUCAUCCUCCACCUCCCACCUUCUUGACAGCUGGCCUGCUGAGCUGCAGAUACUUACCCGGGGAUAAGAGGAUUUACUGACACAAUUGAUCAGACAUCAACCUCAUUUAGCGAUGAAAUGAAUGUUUAACGGGUUUUGAUUUUGUGCUCCAGUGCAUCAAGUGCAGUGAUUUUAUUUUAUUUUAUUUAUUUAUUCAUUUAGUUGUCUAGUAUGAAAGACAGCAAGAGUAUGCGUCCUCGUAAAGAGUGUGUGUUUUAAACAAGGGUUUGUUGCUGUCGCGCAUGGGCCGGAUUGACAGCAGGGAGACUUCUUAAUUACAGGUCCACUGUAUCUAAUGAGCUCCGCAGGCUGUCCGUCUGAUUACUUUAGGAGACGAUCUGCUCUCUGUCAUAUGGUCACAGCACUGUCAGCCACACAUGGGAACAUGAGAGCAUGUGGUCAUACUACACAGAUGCUCACACGCACGCACAAGACACACAAAGCAGGUAUUAAACAGAUCGAUGCACACACUGUAGAUCCGUCUUCAUACUGGCUAAUCUGAUUGAUAUUGAGGCUUGUGCUGCUCUCCAGGAGUCGAUUUGUCGCUUCUGAUCCCCGUCACAUAUUCCUCACUGGCCACCGCGCUCCCAGUUCUGCUCUGCUCUCCAGACAGGAGAUAUUAUUAGUUAGUGGGCCAUGAGCUUAUUGAAUUACCACACAGAGGAGUGCUCCAUCCAGCCACUAACCAGUAAUUAACAGAAAGGGAUUUACAGGGUUUGUGGUCUGUGAUGUUUCUUUGAACCUGUUGAACAUUAGAUCUGCUUGAUACAUGUAUUUGUGGCUUUGGCUGUCCUCCGUCACAAAGGGUAGGAUGGAAGGGUUUGGCCUAUUUAAACGCUCAUGUAACAACACAGCAGCUGCUUUAUGGUGAUAAUGAUGAUGAUGUUGUUGUAUCGUUUACACUGGGGCUAAUUCUGACUGGUUGCUUAUCUUAAAAGAUAUGAAGUACAAUGUUUAAAUCACUGAUUUUUUAUUUGUAUGUAAUCUUCAUUUAACCAGGUUUGCUCCAUUGAAAUCAUAAACCUCUUUUUCAAGGGAGACGUGACCAAGACAGCAGCAAAAACACAAUGUUGAAGACACAGAUACACAGGAAUCACUGCACAGUCCAGAAGCAUUAAAAUAACAUAUGUGAAGAGAAAUGAUCUCAGAGUCAGUUGUUCUCUGUGAUUGAUUAUUGUACGUGGUGAUAUCAAGUUCUUGUAAGAGGUUUCUGUGUUUCUGUGAAAUUCAACUCUUACAGUAAAUGUCAAGGUAUAUUUGUUUAUAUACUGCAGUUAUUUGUGGUCAUGAUCAGUGUGUCUGAGCGCUUCUGCAGAUAGGAACUCUUUUGAACUUGGUUCAGGAGUUUGGCAACAGGCGACCUUUGAUUUGCAGCGCCAGCGGUCAAAGGUGCCCUUCACUGCUGUGUCUGUUUGUUUGCUCUCUGAUAGAUGCCUGUGUUUUUGCAGCACUGUAUAGAUUUCAACAAAAACGGGCAGGAAGAAGUGCUGGAACAUAAUCUUUGUGAAAGCUGAAAGUUUGUUAGUAUGAGUGUUUUUAGCCUUUCUGUGAACCACCUCCCAGUUUGUGUUUCUCUGAAGUAGGGUUGUUGCGGGUCUGUCUCUGUACAUUCCUGCAGCUUCUUUGAGUUGAAGUGAUUUACACAUAAUGGAGAUAGAACAGCCGGUUGAGGUGGGUCAUACAAGGAUAGGCCCCUUUAGCCGCUCUGGGCCGAUUUAUGCUUCCUCUGCUGAACAUGUUGGCCUUCUUAACACACACUCCCUUUACGAAGCAUGCUCAGCUCGCCAGCCAUUCCCUCUAAGUUAUCCCACCAGCUGACUGUACAUGUGCUUUUGUUCCCUCUCGUGCUCUGAGGCAACAAUGACUCUCAGGUGAGGACAAGGUACAGCCUUCUCCAGACCAAACGUGACGGUCAUGUUGAAGGCAGUUUAAACCCGUGUUGAUGGAAACUGAACUUUACCAAGACAGUGACCAAAGUUUCAAGUGGGAAUGUAAUGGUUGUUGUUUUAUUUUAAAAAUUUCAGAUAGUUCACUGAGGUCAACAUGACUGUUUUGUGGCUACAUUCCCACUUAGAGUCCAGUUUCCAAAGAAUUUCAGUGUACAGCUCAAGAAAUCUACAAACCCAAGAGCGGCAAACUACCAAAACUUUGGAACCAGACAUUGAUGAUGAAGACUGAAAUACUCUCGAUUCUUCCUAAAAUUUCCAAUUCAGCCAGUAUUUAUAAAAGCCUUCUUAACGUUAUAGAUCAUCUAGUUGGUUCUAACUAGGGAGUAACUGUUUCAACGUAGGUUAGAAAGCACUAAACAAAGGUUCAAAAAGUUUGAGGGUAAAUUGGUUUGUUGAACAUGGCUAACAUCAGUGCUCCUUGCAGGUAAAUGUCCACAUGGCUUUGCUGGUCACGUUUUCCUUUUCCUUAGUGGUGGUCACCAUAUUGGUAAUGUUGACUCAACCUAAGUUCAGUCAGCCUAUCAGAGGUGGGCUUUUAGCCUCCUUGCAAAUUGCUACAGUGCCUGCCCAUCAGUUGAGUUGACCGUGCCUCUGAUACACAGAUCUUUGAACCUUGAUGACUUCUAAACAAAUGCGUGACAAAAAAAACUGAAGACCUGUACAGUGGGUGCAGCCAUUGAGACUAAAACCUUUAUUUGAACCAAGAACCAAACAACAGACAGUCAGUCAAGUCAAUGCACAGAAAACGUGUGUCAUCACCAGCUUAUUUGGCUUGUUUGAAUGAUUUGCAAUUUGGGUGCCUACAAGGGUGGCAUUGUUAUAUUAUGUAGUCAAAAUGUGCAGAAAUGCUUAUUCUAAGUACUGGUCAGAAACAGUGAUUUUUAGUUCAGGUUGACUUGCUUGUUGGUCCUGGUUUUAAGCAUAUGACACAUGAGAGUUCAUCUGUUGGGCUUCAUUGUAUGAACUAUUUCAUUCAACAAUAAUUCUGACCAAAUAAUCAGCACAGAUGAGAGGCAUUGCAUGAGUGUUGGUAUAAAGUACAACAUUACUGGGUGUUCUGAACACAGUUAACAAUAAAGGUCUUAGUCUAGACUGAUCAAGUAUGUACCUCUGACCACACAAUACAGCCCUUUUUGCUCUGGUUGUAAACAUGCAGAUGAAUGUACAUAAGGUGGUUUGAGGUUAUGGUCUUGUUCUAAGUAUCAGCACAACAAUCUGUUGUUAUGUUCAGGCCCCACUAAUAUAUCUUCAUGUUCUUCUUCUUUGCCUGUAUUAACCUUUAUCUUGUUUUUCUACCAAGUCUGCUGGAGUAAUCUGAAUAGUUGCUGGUUGUAACGUCUUGGAGUGUACGUUGUCAAACUGCUGGCCUGAGGAGUGAUGAGUGCUCUGCUGUUAUAUCUCCUACUCAGCACUUCAAGAAUAGAAUAGAUCUUUACGAGCCCCAAAGGGAAUUUGUCAUGCACAUAAAGAGAGGGGUCAGUGCACAAAAUCAGACGCAGUACAUGCCGUACAGCACCCAGCCAUUACAUAAGCUCAUUAUUUAGAUGAAUCGGCACUUUGAAAAAAGUUGCAGUACACUCCCUACAUGGAUGUAAAAUGAUUUUUUUUUUUGUAGCACAAGGGUUAGUACAGGGUCUUAGCAAGAGUGAAGUUUCCCAAAGUAUGUUUCCCUGCAGUAUAUCUUGUGUAUUCACUCAGCUUGGUGGGACAGAGAGGGAGGCCCUGAUACAUAUUUGCCUGCUGGGGAUCACUCAUGGAAGGCUGGAGAAAGUGGGCGAGUGAGAAAAGGGGUGGAGGCUAUAGUUUCAGCGCUAAACAGGAAGUUGCACAACAUCUGUUCCUUGGCAUCGGGAGAGGGAGUAAAUGGCCAGCUGUGUGAUUUGGAGUGUCUUCAUGCAGAAAGCCCCUGCAUCUAGGCAGACAACGUGUCAUUCCUCUUUGUUUCCCAAUACAAUGUGAAAGCUUGCAUUAGUCAAAGUUUCCAUUUCCCUUUAAUGAAGGUUAUUCUUGUCUUAUCUCAGGGUGAAAAAAAAAACAAAAAACAAAGAAACAAUUGUGACCCAACUAAAGGUUAAAUACAAGGGAAUGAUUUCAGAAUUAUUGCGAAGUACUUGGUAAUAAGUUUGUUGAAAUAGUCUGAAAAUAGGAGUAACUUUAGACCACUCAUCAGGCAUGAACUGUCUGAACACAAGCCUGUUUGUGAACACGAGCCAUUAUUUCUCAAAAUAAGACACAGAGAAAUAGAUCUUCAGAGAUCUGUGACAGCACUACCCGUGGGAGAGUGGAAAGGUUGUUCUUUUCUCUUGAAUUCAAAGUGUCAACUGGGGUUGAGCGGGAGAAUUGACCAAAAAAUGGAUUAAAGUUAUGUCAUGUGAAUCCCACACUUGACUGGAGCAAUUUAAGUAUAACCAGCACAAGCAUGUGGACGUUAACCUUUAGGGGGACAAAAGGCUGCUAUUGCUAGCACUGCUAACGUUUCUAAUUUCACUUUGUGUACCCACUGACUCUGUGACCCCGUCAAAGAAAUCGUGCUCAGUUUUGACUGUUUUUAAGUGUUUCCUCACCUUGAACCGCCCUGCCAGAAGAGUUACAUUUGGAAAUCAACAACUUGGAAAUGAGCUUCUUCAGAGCAUUUCAGAUCACAUUUAGAAUUUAUGUGCUCAUCUCUAUCUGUGUGGAAAUUGGCCACAAAGUUAGCAUUCAGAAGAUUAUGGGGAAAGAGAAGUUAUGUAGGAUUAAAAGAAAGAACCAGAUACAAGGACCUCCAGUCAUUCUGUGUGCUUAUUCAAGCUUUGAAAUGUGACACUGCAUUUUAGCUAGAUGUCAUAACAAGUUUUUCUUGAUAUUUCUCAUCACAUGACUGCACAACUGGGAGAGUACAGCUUUCCUCCACUAUACAUACAGUAGGCUAUAUAACAUCAUUAUGUAAAACAAAGCUUGAAGGGAGAGUUGCCGAACAGGUUUUCAGAACAGAUCACCAGGGUCGUUAUAAAGAACUUUUCCACUAAUAGCUUCUAGAAAGAACUGGAGUUGUAUGCUUCAGGUUUAAGUUUGAGACUGAUAAAAAUAGAGACACCAUGCUACAAUUAAACUGAGGUCAACUCAUCGAAGCAGCCUGGAGCCAGGCUCUGAAAAGAAUAAAUAAAUCUUGGCUUGAUAAUUAAAUGGUAAAUAGACUUUGUUUGUACAGAGCUUUCUCUAGUCCUCUGCGCUCUCGAACGCUUUUUACAUCACAUACCACAUUCACCCAGCAUUCACACACUGAUGGUAGAGGCUGCUAUGGAAAUCAUCCAUCAGUUCUUUUGAUCCUCAUCCCACCUGCAGGGUCAGCUGGGGUCAAGUGUCUUGUCUGAGGAUACCUCAUUACGUGGGCAGUGGGACCUGAGCCACAGCUGUCCCUUACUGUACAUCACAAAUUCAGAAUCUAUGUGCCACCUGAGCUUCUAUCUUGUACAACUUUCAGAAAGAUUUAGCUUAGUAAAAGUGUUACGGCAAAAAUGAAAGUCUCCCCCUAAAAGAAAUUGAUCUCUUAGCACCUUGUUAAUCUAAACACAAAAAUGUGAAAUGUGACUGGGAACAGUGGCAUUGGGCCCAGAUUCCCUCUGUGUGUGUCUGAGUAUGUGAGUGUGUUGCAAGGUGGGUGGAAGGAGAUGCUGCACUAGCACGUGUGUUAUAGCUCUGGAUUUAUCUCGAGUUUUCAGUCGAACUCAAAUGUUUAUGAUCAUUUAAUGUCACGUCACUCUCCAUCAGUAGCACUGAGAAGAAACAUGUUUCUAUGACUCAUUGAUGUUAGCCUGUUGAGGUGCUGCUUCAUGUAUCAGAUUUUAUCAGAACAAGCUGUGACAGCAUGUGACAUUUGAAUGUAUUCAUUAUGUCUAAGGAACAUGUUGGUCCCUAUAUGUACAUACUGUAUGUGCAGGCUGGUAUUUGUUAUAUGUGUUGAUGAUGUAUGAAUGUCCCCACAGCCACAGUACAUGCAUGAAAUUACACACCACGCCCAGUUUCCCGGAUGACUGACAGCUUUUCUAAGUAGGUCAUCUAUGUAAAUGCCAGCCUGUCUGUUCACAUCAAUGGAUGCAAAGCAAAGUCAGCACCCUGUGACCAAAGUCAGGCGGGCUCUCCUCUGUGUAGCCUUAUUUACACUUCACUCAUAGUAUACACACACACACACACCACUCUGUUCUUGGUGAUAUACUCUCUUUAUUCUCAGAUUUGCUCUUUUUGUUCAGGUUGUACUUAAGGAAGUUUGUUUAACCCCACAGGCUUUGUGUUUUUACUUUUGUAGCAUUCAGAAAUACUUGGCUGGUGUUUUCGUUAUAGCCGCCGGUCCAAUUGAUAAAAUAGUGUAUGCACUGUUACAUGAAAGUGGGUGUUUUCUCAAAACUUUCCUCUGAAAUGAUACACCAAAAGUUUAAAUCAUAAAUUUUUCAGCUCCUUUGGUACUUAUUAUGCCUUUGAACUGUUUUUUGAGUUUUAGAGUCAGCAGCUUUCUUUUUUAGGUUUCCUUGGGAAUUAUUUCUUUAGUCAAAACACAUACUUACCAUGUCUACAACAAAGCCUACAUCAGGGACGUAUUCAGUGGGGUGGCCAAGGUUUGUUACCCCUUAAAAUACGAUCAGUCACCUCGAAAUGGGUGCAUCAAACACAAUCAGUGUUGGGGGGGCCACCCCAGGGAAGAAAGGCUUAAAGCUUUCUUAAAGACUUCUAUUGCUUUUAACAAAGAGCACAACGUGCGGUGUCUUUGUAUCAGUGACGCUCUUUUAUGUACCAUCUCUCUCCACUAUCCUGCUAGCUACCAGUACUGUAGCAGAGGUCAGGAGAGGUAGCAUUUGUAGUUGUGAGGUAUGGAUAGACAGUGUGAGUAUAUUAGCUUUGGCUCAUGCAAGCGUUAACUAUGGGAUGGACCCACUGUCUGUGACCAGUUCACAGAGACUCGGUGAAGCCCCUCUGUUGGUCACUUGUGGAGCCUUUUCAAGAUUAAUUUUUGAAACAGUAUACCACCAUGUUUUCUGAAUAAGUGAUAAUGAACAGUUGAAGGAGAAAAGCUGCUGUAAAGUGGCGUUUCCAGACUCAUCUUCCUUACUAUGUAUUCAGUGUUGUUUGUGUCUUUGAGUGCCUUCUUCUGUGGAAAGUACCUAAGAGCAAUAAAAUACAUUUCUCUGCAUUUUAUACCAAUGUAUCAGCUGCUACAGCAUAUGGGAUGCAGCUUACUUUUUGAGCCUUUACACAUCCUAUACACCAGAUUAUAUGAUGUCUUAAAUUUGGCUAUCUGAAAUGUGUUGCAACUGGCUGCCAGCAUUUUCCUUUAAAGUGUUGAAAUGUAGCAUUUUUUUUCUUUUCCUUUUACUUGAAUUUGCAGGAAUAUAUUUCAGUCAUCUAUAUUAUAGACAAGUGUGGAGGAGAAGAGCUGCUCCAGCAGUCCAUCAGUCAUGAACAUUACCAACAAAUGUGUUUUUGAUAGCGAGAGUGCUGAAGCUUGAGGAUUCAGUUUAGAAAUGUUUUGCUGGUUGCCUCUCCCGUCAUAUUUAUUUUUAAUGUUAACAUUAUUCACUAAUGAUAGCUGAAGUAGGCUACAGCACAGACUCCUACACAAAGUUGAGACCUUGUUCGUGUUGUGUUACGAGCCUGCAUGUAGCUUCUGUUUGUUUUUACUUUGCUUUAUCUAGAUGUUGCACUGAAUUUCCUAUGUAAAAGUUCAUUCAUGAGGCCAGACUAAUACAGGAAGUUUUUCAAAUGAACUUGUAUUUCUUUAAUUCUUACAUAGGGACCUAUAAUCCCCUGUUCGCUCAUUUGGACUCAACUGUGUUUUACAGUACAUCCAAAACCUCUUAUGUGUUGUAACAAUGUGGUUUGUUAAAAUGAAAGCAUGUGAUACUCAGUGUCAGUCUUUUUUUUUAAUCUUGCACACCUUUUAAAACAUUUUUCUUCCUCCUUCAGACUCCACAGGGCCAAUGAGCACAGUCCACACCCACCCCCCUCAUAUGGGUGGCAUGGUGGGCCACCCAUCAGUCAUCAGCACCUCCAGGCCCUUACCGUCCCCCAUGUCCACCUUGGGCUCACCAAUGAAUGGCUUGGCCUCACCUUACCCCGUCAUUACAUCUUCUCUGGGCUCCCCUGCUGUAUCUCUACCAUCCACACCUAACAUGAACUUCGGACCACUCAACAGUCCACAGGUAAGAGAGUAUGUGGGUGUUUUAGUGGUCAUCAGAUAGCUAUGGCUGUUGGCUAAACCAGCUAUGAGAGGGACAUCAAUUGAAUAAAAAAGGAAUAUAAACCUAUAGAUGAAAGAUUAAUGAUGUUUGUAAAAAUAAUUUUGAUUUUCAUCUCCUUUUUUUAUCAUGUGGUUACAGAGAUAGAUCUACAGUUUGUGAAAACCAACCAGCAACCCAGAGUUUUGAUGACUUAAACCAACUUGGAAGUAAAGAGAAGGGGUUAUUGGACACAAAUGAACACCCAUUUUUAUCAUAGUAAAGCCAAGAGUUUCGCAUAGAUGUCAUGGUUACAUCACCAUUUUGCCAAUUUCUAGAUGAGCUGGAGACUGAAAUCUUUGGGCUUCGUUACACCCCUCUAGAUGAGUAACGUCACUAAGACUUAAUCUGUGUCCCACUUCAGGCGAAACAUCCCAAGAAGGAUUGCGACCUUGUCCAAGGAUGCAUCCCUUGUAGCCCAAUAUGCCCCAUAAUUCAUUGAUAGUAAAUUAAAAUAAGAUGGCAGACUCGACAGUAGCCUUGUAACAUACCAGUGAAUGAAAGUUAUACAAUAUAAGUUAUUGGUGUCAAAUUGAGUUGUUGGUGAAUUAACAUUUACAAAACAAAUGGGGCCUUGAAACUUUUUUAGCUUUUACAAAAUAAGUCACAAGAUGCAACUUAUAUAAACUCAGGGGGACAGGAACAACACUGAGCUGUGAGAGGGUAAGAGCGGGAAAAAUUGGUGAUGUAAACCAAAAACAGACAUAGACCAAUUUGAUUCACAUUGGGCAGCCUAUGCUGGUCAUGAAGGUCAGGUGUUGUGAAGGAUGCUCCCUCUGGAUUGGGACACAGUGUUUAUUCAUGUUUUAAACAACUUAUGGUGGAAACUUGCAGAGUUUAAAAUCACAUCAAGAAAAACAGAAAAGACAGUUUUGACUUUAAGUGUGUGUUGAAUCCGUACAAGUCCUCAACACUAACCUUCUUUGUGUUACUUAAACUCACUCAUGCUCUCAACUACCUCCACAGAGGUUUAUAUUCUUCCAAUUACUACUUUUAGCAAGGUCCGUCUGUGCUAAACUAUCAUGUUCUUGGGUUGAUCAUGUGCUUCUAAUUCCUGGAAUCUGGUCCAGCAGACUGGAGGCUGGAGGUUAGCCAUAUCCAAUGUGUUUGGCUGGCAUACCUUGGCUUCACUCUCUCUCUCCUACCCUCCUGCUGACCUUUAAACUUCUCGCCCUAAAGGUCAUCCCUGAAUUCUGUGUUACUGCUGUCAUGCAAGGGGACUUAAGAUGCAGUGCGACUAUUAGCCCCUUUAAUGGAUUACUAAGGAAGCGGAGAGGGAGAAAAAGAGCAGCCAUUCAUUUUCUCUGCCAUUUUUUGUCCUUUCUGGACAUUUUUCAUCAUUUUAAACACACUGUCUCCUCUCCUGUCAGCUCGACUCUGUCAGAGUUAGUCUCCACUGAGAGCUCAAAUCUUUACACUCCAUUUUCACUGAGUACAUUAAUGUUGCAAUUACAGCUGACAAGAGCUGGCAUACAAACACUUGUAAGAGUUUCCAUUAAAAAAUCUGGUCCGCCAAAACCAAAGAAAAAAGGUUGAUGUGAUUAAAAUCUUUGCUUUAUUUCUGUUAAAAAUUGACUUUUGAAGACUACUGAAAUGAGCCAUAUUGUGAAUAUGAAUAGUCAGAAGUGGUGGCAUUUAAUGAGAGGGAAAUAAGUUGCAGUUAGUCUUGGCUCUAUCUGCAAAUUUUAAAAUUAAAGUUUUGACAUACUUUGGAAUAAAAUGGAUCUGAAAAAUAAUGAUAAAGCUUCUUUUUCUACUCAGUUAAUCCCUAAAAUAUAAUCCCUGGUAUGAUUCUGCUGCUUAUUUAUCAUAUAACCAACCUGCGCCAUCAAUCUUUUGGUUAGAGCCUUAACUACCACGUCCAGCAACAUAUCCAUUUGAUAUUUGAUAAUAUGCUGUAUGCCAAAAUCUAACUGAGUCAUUUUUUUUUUACCUGAGCUGCUCUCGAUGCAAACACACCUCAUUCCCUGUUAAAGGUUGCUCAUGCUACAGCUCUUAUAUUGAAUUAAUAACACAAAGAAACACUUUUUAGGCUGCUCUUUUUAUCUUUGGUCCCAAACCUUUAUGAAAGAGAGCGAGAAGAAGGGACGGCUAAAGCAGCUGCAUCUUUAAGUGCUCUCUGUGCUUUGAUGUGAUUGGCUGCAGAGUCAGAAACAUACAUACGUACAUGCACACGCGUGAAGAGCUUCGGAGCCAGGAUCCAGGCCAGUGCUGCAGGGCACAGCAGAUAGUUCUAUACAUUAGUUCAAUCACAGUAUGGAUCCGUGCCCUCAGGCUCUCUCAGGGUUGAUAUGAUUGUAUGUUUGGUGAAACCGUCUUUUCACUGCUCGUCAUCAGCCGGUGACCAUCAGGUUAUUGUGUCAGGGGGACAUCACAUACUGUUGCCAUGGGUGAACUGGGGGUCAUGUACAGUGCUGGGCUCAUAGCAGCAUGAGUAAAUUCAGUGUACUAGUUAUAGUACAGCAUGUAGUGUGGAUGUAUCGGACAGUAUAAGUCAGGACUGCGGUUAUUUAUGUCUCCUUUAGAAUUCCUAAUUUUGACGUUUUCUCAAUUAUGCUUUAUCAACAUUUUCUGAUAAUAGUAUCUGCCAUUAUAUUUACACAUUUGAUGAAAUGCUGAAAGUGGUUUCAAACAGUUCACUGACACAUUAAGAUACAAACCUAACAGCACAACAGAGUCCAAGUUGACGCAUCUAAAUUUCUUCAGAGAUUUUUAGAUUUUUGGUUUUAUAUCUUGGGAGUGUAAGAAAACCAGCAAGAAUUCGAACUGAAGUCGCUGAAACUCUCUUUAUCUGGCCUUUUGAGCUUUAAAACCAAUCCAACAAGACAUCUGUUAUCAGAAAGCUUGUUUUUUUGUUCUUAAUCAUUCAACUAAUCAUUUAAUUGGCUAAUUCUGUUGAAAAUAAAAUUUAGAUCUAGAGAUCAAAUACUUUCCUGUGUAGAGUGGAGACAUAAGUCUGGCCCUUCAAAGCCUGUAGUAAACCUUUCAUGUAUGAUGCAGUGUGUUCGUAAUAGCAUGUGACAUAUAAAGAAUGUAUGACCCAUCAAUAAUCCAUAUUCAGUGCUUGUAGCUCUUUUCUGUGGCAGUAUGUUGUCUGUCUGUGUCUGUAAAACUGUUCGAACACACCACAAGGUGUAUUUCUCUUCCAUGCACAAGUGUAAAAUCAAUUAUUUGUGAAUACUGUGUUGAACCAAACCUGCAUUUGCUUGUAGACAAGAGGCUGAAUGUUCAUAUAAGUGUGACUGUUUGCCUUCUGGGCAAGAAGUAGGUGGUGGAGUUGAGAACUAGUGAGCUCGAGAAAAACAGAGACAGAAAAGGAAGAUCCUCGGAUACACUGUCCUCUGCUUUAAGGUCACAGGCCUGAGUUCAGCCAGCCAUUAGAGGAUAUUCAGAGGAGAGAGCACAUUGUAAAUAAGUGAUAAGAGGAGACUGAAGUGACCGGGAAGAUGUCCUUCAUGUCAGGCUGCAUCAAAUAUAUAGAACGGCAGGACCUAAGUAGGUCAAUCUUGUUUUCUCUUGGAGUGCAGAUGUUAGCACAAAAAACAAACAAACAAACAAAAAUGUGUAACACAAGCAUGCGUCCUGCGUGGUGUUAAGCAAUAGGAAAGGGGUCAAAGAGAGCGAAGAUGAUCAGAGCGAGAGAUGUAGUGUGAAGCAGUGUGAAAAAAGGAAACUUGUUGCUUAGGCUGGGGUAGGUUUUAUUUCAUCUGCUGGGUUGUCCAGUUAUUUUGAACCCCUUUCAUUUCACCCUUUUCAAGUAUCACAGAGGCUUUUUAACAUCUUAUAGCAUCAGAAUCACAUCAAGUAGUUUCUGACCUUUAACUCACCCAUGAUUAUUAGUUAAGAAGCAAAUUAUGAAGCAAAAUAUAAGGUCAAAUUGGUGCUACAAUGCAAGCUCAUGUGACACCUCUGUCUGAACAACAAAAUUGGAGCUCCCCCUGCUGUUGAAGCCUGGAAACUGCACCCUCUGAACCAUGUGACUUCCCUCACACGCCUCUCUCCCUGUCAACAAACAUUAAAAAACCUGCAUGACAAGCCUCAGACAGAAGCCCCACCCAUUAGCAGAGCAUGUGAUCACACCAGCAGACACUUUUACAAUAAAUUGCGUGGGUGGGGAGAGGAAAAAAAUAGUAAGGGUGAGCGGAAGAGAAAAUGAGAAAAAAAUAGGGGAAGGAGGAGAGUGUCAUGAGACAGCCCAGCACUUUUCAAGUAGACUUCCCUUCUGCUUCCGUUCAGUUUUGUUCACCUCAGCUUUAACUCUUUGUGUAUGUUUUUUUGUCUCUUUUGUCUUCCUGUUGUCCUCAGAUGAAUUCUAUGAACAGUGUCAGCAGCUCGGAGGACAUCAAGCCACCGCCGGGCCUGCAGAGCCUGGGAAACAUCAACUACCAGUGUACGAGCCCCGGGGGAAUGUCAAAGCACAUCUGCUCCAUUUGCGGGGACCGCUCCUCAGGUAAUGUUAGAUAAUGGGGGUGAUGGGGGGGUGGACAUGAAAAAUGUAUUUCCCUACUUAUUACAAACACUAGCAUCUUAAUAGAAGCAGUUUCAGGGUGACUUGUAAGGUGUUUUGACAGGUUUACUAGUGCAAUUUAUAGUUCACCUUUCAGAUUUUCAAGGUUCUCAAAGUUAUGGACAUCCUCUCCCCUUACACAGUGUGCACUUUGCCAUAAUAGAAGGAAGCAGCAUAGGGAAAUGCUCAAGGUGACUCAAGUUGAGAAGGAUGCAAGAAAGUUGAUCAUAGACAGAAGACAGUCACGAUCUGUCUUAUAAAAACUGGAUUUUUUUUCUAUACAAGCUUUAUGCCAGUUAUUCUUAUGAUCCCCCAUUGUGACCUCCAUAAGCAAACCAGACCAUCAGCAUGAAGAUAUCAUCUUUCCUUUAAACCUUUGAACUCCUGAAACUCUGCCACAAGGAAUUUAAGCUAUUACUUUUCAAAGCCCUUUGAAAAAUACUUGAGCUUGUUUCAGUUAAUAAAGAUUAGGGAUGCACCGAUCUGAUAUUUGGAUCAGAUAUCGGCUCCGAUAUUGACAAGUUAACUGGAUCGGAUAUGUGAUGAAUGAUGCAGAUCCAGCGUUCCGGUAUUAAUUUUUAUUUACAUUAAUAUCAUACACAGCAACACAGCAAUUCUGUUCUCUCCAUAUUCUAUGUCUUUCUAUCCUUUUGCACUAAAUGUUUACAUGGAAUUCUUGCUUCUUUUAGCUGUGUGCUAAUUUGUUAUUUGUUAAUAAAAAAUAUUAAGUAAAUUUAUAUCUGUGUUAAUUUGUUACCUUUUUUUAACAAGGCUAAUGUCAAGCCUGAUGCCUUCACUCACAGGGCAAGGUAUACAGUACAUUCAUUCAACAGUAGUAUUGGAUUGGUAUCGGAUAUCGGCCGAUGUGCUCAGCCCAGGUAUCGGCAUCUGAUGAGAUCAGGAAAAAAAUGGAUCGGUGCAUCUCUAUUAAAGAUAUCUUGCCUUGUUUUUUGCAGUUUCUGAGGGUUUUUAAUUGUCUAAGAGAGGAUAUGAUUCCAAAGAUGCAUCCAGUGAAAGAUUUACCUCCAGUUAAUACUGCCUGUAGUCUUUUAUAUUUUAGCCUUCACACUGAAUGCCGUGAAAUAUGACAUGAAACAACACGAUAAAACACAAUACAAUACAGUAUGAUACGACACAAUACGACACAACAUGUCACACCACGUCAUGACACAAUAUGGUUUGAACUUAAGCAUAGCAUAGUUUUGCAAAGCACAGCGUAACACACCAUAUCAUACUCUAUACCACAUCAUAAAAUUUCAUACUUGAUCAAUUACUGGGAGAUUUAAGCAUACUUGUGGCUUAAGCAAUACUGAUGCUCUGGACUCUGUUUCCACAGGAAAACACUAUGGUGUGUACAGCUGUGAGGGAUGCAAAGGCUUCUUCAAAAGGACUGUCCGAAAAGAUCUUACUUACACAUGUCGAGACAGCAAGGAGUGCCUGAUUGACAAGCGCCAGCGAAACCGCUGCCAAUACUGUCGCUACCAGAAGUGCCUGGCAAUGGGCAUGAAGAGGGAAGGUGUGUAUGGGCAUUUGUGCUUAAGGAGAGGUGUGGGCAGUGCUGCAGGAUUUGGUUCUUUGAUAUUUAAAAGCCCACAAACUCCUAAUGAUAAAUUCAUGUUGUGGGGAUAAGCAUCGCUCAACCCUGAUGAGUUGUAUUUGAAGAUAUUGUCAAGAACCAAAGUAAUAUGCCAGGCUGAACUCAAUGGAAACACAUCUAAGACACUGAAUAUAACACCUCCAGGUUCCUGUUCGCACUAAUUGAAAAUAUUUUUAGAGCUUUAAGUCAUAAGCCUGUGUAUGAUCACACUGUAUGUCUGUGUAGGGUACUUGACCUUGAAUGUACCUGUGUGUUUGUUGGCGUUCUUGUGUGUCCAGCUGUACAGGAAGAGAGGCAGCGCGGGAAAGAGCGAGGAGAGAACGAGGUGGAAUCCACCAGCAGUUUCAACGAAGAAAUGCCAGUGGACAAGAUCCUGGAUGCCGAGCUGGCUGUUGAGCCAAAAACAGAGACGUACAAUGAAGGCAGCCCCAGCAACUCAGUAAGGAGCACAGACAAUGAGUUUGAUCUAGUUAAACCCAUAAACUAUUCAUCGCUGUUCUUUUACUGUGAAGCUGAGGCAGCUUCUAACAGCUCAGGAUGCUAAAAAUACACUGCUUUUUCUUGUAACCUCGAUCAGUGAGGGGCAUAGAGUGUGAAACCACUUUUUGUAGAAGGGUUUUGCUGUUGUGAAGUGAAACGGUGGAAUUAAAAAGAAACUGUAUGUCCCUUCGGGUGAAUCUUUUAAAAUCUUUCUAAAGAGAUAGUAAUAAUAAUGCGACAGAUUUUAUAGCGCUUUAUCAGAGACCCUCAAAGCGCUUUACAUUAGAUGCAUCAUUCUUUCACUCACAGUCACACCCUGGUGGUGGUAAACUAAACCCCAGGGCAGACUGAUGGAAACGUGGGUGCCAGUUUGCGCCUACUCCGAGGUGUUGGUUUACAAAACAACUAAAAUACACAUACUUGCAUAUACUCAAUAACCGCGAAAAAACACAAGCUUAAAUGUUGCUGGCAUUUAAGUGUGAUUUCUUAUUUUGUAUUUCCUUUUCCUUGUUCCCCUGCAGACCAACGACCCCGUCACCAAUAUCUGCCAAGCAGCAGACAAGCAGCUCUUCACCUUGGUGGAGUGGGCCAAAAGGAUCCCGCACUUCUCUGAACUCCCCCUUGAUGACCAGGUCAUCCUACUACGAGCAGGUACACACACACACACACACACACACACACACACACACACACACACACAGGUAGUCCCAAGCAUUCAGCAGGCAUGUGUGCAGACUUAGUACGCACAGAGAAAAACACUCACACACUCACUCAUGCAUAUCCUUACAGCUGUAAACAGGCCUCUGUGCAACCCAUUGUCCUGUGGUGUUAUAUUUCCUUCAGGGCAGUUAUUCAUUCCCCAGCAGGCAGUCUAUUUGAGUCUUUUACAUUUGCUCAACACAUUUUUGCCAUCUAGUUUAAUGGAGCAGUGAAACCAAAUAUAACUGGACUAUUUGCCAAGUCCCAGCAGCAGUGCACUUUGCAGCUGCACCGCUGCUGACCCCUGCUGGUAACAGAUUUCACACACGGGUCUAAAUGAGGAAGUUAAAAUGCCACAAAGCAGAUCUAAUAAUCCCUUUACAACAAGGAACAGACACACAAGCCACAAAAAGUAAUAUAUCAUGACAUAAACUGAUAGAGUAUUUGAGGGUUAGAGUUAUGAAAAGGUAACAGUUUUUGUGUGUUAUUUCUCUUCCAGGAUGGAAUGAGCUUCUUAUUGCAUCAUUUUCACAUCGCUCAGUCACAGUAAAAGAUGGUAUCCUGUUGGCGACAGGCCUCCACGUGCACAGAAGCAGUGCCCACAGUGCUGGAGUGGGCUCCAUCUUUGAUAGGUAGGACAUUGUCAAUGAUAAAACAAGAGAACUGAAAACAUUUACUUCAGCCACCUCACAGUGCAGUCUCAUUAUCCUCUUGACACUGCAGAGAAAUACUGAUAGAGAAGGUCCAACAUCAUUUCAAAUGUAAAAAAAGUGAUAGUACUACUACUUUACACUUUUGAGUCCUGCAUGUCAUCUUCUAUCUCCUGUGUAUUCAGUAACAUGUUUGAAUCAACUACUCUAUCAAACCUUCACAUAUGUAAAGUAUAUACAGAUAUAUAUAUUUUUUUUAUCUAAUGUUGCAGAAUGUAAAGUCUUUAUAGGCUGCUGUUGCAUCAAUAUAGAGUAUGUUAGUGACACUUAAGUGAAACUUCCAAAACCCUACUAGUGUUUUUCAUCUGCUGCUUUGCAGAGUGCUGACAGAGCUGGUUUCCAAAAUGAAAGACAUGCAGAUGGAUAAGACAGAGCUCGGCUGCCUGCGAGCAAUUGUCCUCUUUAACCCAGGUAAGCACUUGUUUGGAUGCCAAGAUCUCUUGGGAGCUGGAUUGAUUUCAUUAUCUAUGGGGAAAAAAGUUUUAAACCCCUGAAUGUUAAAUUUGAUCACAAUAGUCCAAUGAUGCACAUGACUAUAAUGCAUAUGGUGCGCAGUGAAUAAAACUACCAUUAUAGCAACUUCACUGUGAACCUGUUUGUUUUUACAGUCAUGACGUUGCGACUUCAGAGUCUAUACAUGUUGUUUCAGUAUGAUAUUUGUCCUGACUUUGAGUGUAUGCUUGUUUUUAGAUGCAAAAGGUCUUUCGAACCCACCAGAGGUUGAAGGUCUGAGGGAAAAAGUUUACGCCUCACUGGAGUCAUACACAAAACAGAAAUACCCAGACCAGCCUGGCAGGUAGGAAAUGUAUUUCAUUUCAGCAGAGAGAGAGAGAGAGAGGGAGAGAGAGAGAGAGAGAGAGAGAGAGAGAGAGAGAUUACUGGUAUAAAGUAAUAUUAAUGGUUUUAACUCAGCUUAAACACUUUACCAGCAUUAAAUUUUAAAGUGCAUGGCCUAAUUGAGGUUUUACUUUUGUAAAAUGGUUGCAAUCAAUUAUUAAUAUUUACUAUCAUGAGAUAAAUUACUUUAUGCUGCAGCUUACACUUUGGUUUGUGCACUUUCAAUUAUCUCAGAAGUUUAAUUCCCCCCAUUGGAUUAAAAAAAUCGUGCUAUAAUUGAAAAUGCAUGUUUUUGUUUUUGCAGAACUGUAAAAUCUUUGGUAGAAAAUUCUAAUCACCGGGGGGUUAUGUUGUACAAAAUAAUGAAUGUUCAUUUAAACUGUGAUAAAUAAAGUGUAAAAAGUAAGGUUAAAAAAAAAUCUGCGGUAAGAUAAAUGUAGUAAUAUCAUGAUUUUAAAUAUUAAAAAAAGAUGUAAAAAAACUAUGAAAAUAUUGAAUGAAUGAAUAACACGAUUAACCGUUACAUAAGUGUUGUGUAACCAGAACAAAAAUGUCUUUUAAAUGGAUUUUAUUUACAUACAUUUUCAAGUUUUCAUGAACAUGAUUUUCUGUAUGUGGUAGCAUAACCUUUUUUUCUUGAAUGUCACAUAAUUGUAAAACAAUCUUCUCGCUUGUCUUCACAGGUUUGCCAAACUGCUGCUCCGCCUGCCCGCCCUGCGCUCCAUCGGCCUCAAAUGUCUGGAGCAUUUGUUCUUCUUCAAGCUGAUCGGAGACACGCCCAUCGACACCUUCCUGAUGGAGAUGCUGGAGGCUCCGCAUCAGAUCACAUGACACCAGUCCCCCCCUUCCCCCCUGUAUAUACUCCCAUGAUGUCAGCGACAUGAAGAUGGAAUAAAAAAAGACUUGAUUAAACUUGCAAAACAGCAUAUUUUGUACCUAGCACAACCUUGUAAUUAAAAUGGAAUAAAAAGUAUUUUGAGGAUUUGGGGAGGGUGGAAUAACGAAAAGGAGGGUGGAGUACACUGUCAAAAUGAAUUCUGAUAGAACUGUCCACAGAUUUCUUUUGUAAAUAGAUAAUUUCUGGUGUCCGUUUAAAGAGCAACCCAAUGCAAUUUGAAAAAGAAUCAUAUUUUAUUCAAAGAGGAAUUGUAUAAAAAACAAAAACCAUUCUUGCAUUUCUUAAAACACAUUUGAGAAUUCUUACAGAAUAAAAUUAUUUAAAAUGAAA